UACGUUAUUUUAUUAAUUUUUUAUUUUAUUAAUAUAUUUUUUUUUUAAUGUUUGAUUUUUUUGCUGAAAAUAUAUCUGAUGCAUGUUAAAAACAUCAAUUAUUUUAAUAAGUACCGUAGUGGUAGAAACACCUUUAGUUAAAUAAAUGUAACUUUAGGUUAAAAUUUGGACUAAAAGAGUCCCAAAAUUCUGGGCGGCAAAAUUAGCGCCUCUUCUUUAUACUUCUCUGGAUUAUUCGAGCGGAGAAGACAAAGAAUCAAAUGAACAGACAAAGACGAAGAUAGGGUUUUCAAUUUUCACCACCGUCACAGAUUCGUCACUCUUCCUACCGCCACCGCACACCUCGCGAGUUCACUUGAUUUUUCUAGCAAAGGCGGCUGAGCCAAUAGAGAGCGACAAUUCAAGGUACAUAAAUCCUGAGUAUUUCGCAGUGAUGAUAUGGGAUGAAGUUUAAGUCCUAUCUUGAUUUUUUUGUCCACUGGAUUAACUUUUUUUGGAAUAACAUCUAAUUUACAUAUGAUUGUAGUUUAAUGGUACAAAUGCACUAAGAUUAUAUAGUGCUUGAAUCCUACUGACUAUUACAACUUAUAAUUCAUAUUACGAUUGCCAAAGGGGUCGAAAUAGUUAUUGAAGAAUUGGAAACCCUUUCUCAUAUGAGGUAUAUAAAUCAAUUUCAUGAAAUCCUUUAGUUUUAUUUUCCCUGGUGGUGGCUUCAUUUUUUAAUUGUUAAAAGUUGAGAAUAAAUUGUACAUGUUUGAAACAUUAAAUAAAUUCUUCACAUAUACAGAUUCUUUGAGACUUUUACUAACAGAACCUGAGAGAGAAUUUAAAUUAAUUGCGUGGAACCAUUUCUAAAAUUUUCAAGCGCGAAUUGUGUUUUACGUAUUAUUCUUUAUUUGCUAACUUAAUUGAUUAUUUAAUUGUGCAGUUAAAUGCCACCUAAUAAUAUAAUACCGCGUCGCAUUUUAACUAGGAGGAGUAAAGAUGCAAAUGUAGAAGCAUCUUCAGUCGCCCAAGAACUUCCAUUUGUGUCGGCAAAUUCACGAUCUGAAAUCCCGUCAUCUCGUGUGCCAACUUCAUCUACGUCUCCCCAUCUUCAUGAGGAUACACAAGGAUACGAAAGUGAAAGUUCUUUAUCAAUCCCUGAAAACUCAACUGUUUCCACAAAGAAAAGAGGCCGCGGAGCAACUACAGGAAAAUCAAUAGAGAAAGCAAUUACUGAAAAUGUACAGUCCUGAACUUGAUUGUAUGAGUAACUGGAGUGACCUUGCAGAACACGAAAAGCUACCUAUUUAUGCUGGAUUAGAUGUAAGUAUAAUGGUUUUCUACAUUUGUACUUUGUCAUAGAUAUGAAAUAAAUUUCUUUAUUUUGAUAGUUACUCUUGUCCACCAAUUUUAGACAUGGUUUAAUAUUAAAGGAUGGGGAAAUAAUCCAGUAGUUCAAAGUUAUAUCGAGGAGAUGUUCCAAAAAAGUUAUACGCAUUGGAAAGGUCGAUUGUCAGGAGC